CGAAACGUAUAUAUGCGUAUCACCCACUGUGCUUUUCUUCAGUCUUAAGCAAUCGAUCAUAUUACUAACUUCUAUUCACAAUCAUCCGAUUCCCAUUCUCCAUUUUUUUCACCGUAUAAAUUCGAAAUCGCAGUUAUACAACCAUUGUACCAGUUCAAUUUUCCAAAAUACCUGGUUCACAGCUGCAGGUUCUUGAGUAGAGUUUCAACUGGCGUUUCUAUCAUUGUUUAUGGGAUCCUGACUAAUUUGAUUGAAUGGAUGUGGAAGGAUCAAGUACAUUGUCAGGAAAUGGUGCACAAUCUGUAGAAUCUCGUUCACGUCCAGUUCGACGACAUUUGGAUGAUGCUGUAUAUCAGUUUACACAACAAAACCUCCCAGCAUGUAAACCUGUCCUGACACCAGCAUGGGUCAUUUCAAUGUUUAUGUUAAUAGGUGUCAUUUUUAUUCCAAUUGGACUUCUCUGUCUUUAUGCUUCUGAAAGUGUUAUAGAGAUUGUUGACAGAUAUGAUACAGAUUGUGUGCCAGAUAAUUUCAAGAGCCAAAAAGUUGCUUACAUCAAAGAUAGCUCAGUUACCAAAAAUUGUACACGUUAUUUAAAGGUCCCCAAAUAUAUGAAAGCUCCAAUUUACAUCUAUUAUCAACUCGAUAACUAUUACCAGAACCACAGAAGAUACGUCAAAAGCAGAAGUGAUAAACAGCUUUUACAUGGAUUAAAGUACAAUGAUACGAGUUCUUGCAACCCCGAAGGCGAAAACAAUGGUCUCCCAAUUGUUCCUUGUGGUUUGAUUGCCUGGAGCUUGUUUAACGACACAUAUUCCUUCUUCCGUGGGGAAUAUGCUAUAAAAGUCAACAGGAAAAAUAUUGCUUGGAGGAGUGAUCGUGAACACAAAUUUGCGAAGGACGUUUAUCCAAUCAAUUUCCAGAGUGGGUUUCUAAUUGGUGGUGCAACAUUGAACCCUAACAUUCCUCUAAGUGAUCAGGAGGAUCUCAUUGUAUGGAUGCGUACUGCUGCUCUCCCUACCUUCCGGAAGUUAUAUGGAAGAAUUGAAGUGGACUUGGAGGAAGAUGACUUAAUUAUGGUGGAUCUUGUUAACAACUACAACACUUACAGUUUUGGUGGAAGGAAGAAACUUGUUCUUUCAACAACCAGUUGGCUGGGAGGCAGGAAUAACUUCCUUGGGAUGUCCUACAUUGCCGUCGGUUCUUCAUUCAUCUUCCUCGCUUUUGUCUUCUUGUUACUUCAUAUGAAAAAUCCAAGGCCUUAUGGGGAUACAAAAGUAUCUUGGAACUGGAAAGGCAUGUCAAACUAGAAGACAGGACUACUGCUAAAUUACAAAUCCUCUUCGAAAAAUUUGGCUUCAUAACUGAAGUUUAUUAAUGAGAUGAGAACAACAGAAUAUCUUCUCAGUGGUUGCAUUUUGUUCAUAAAUUCUAUGGUUGGGAGUUGGAAUCGUGGACCCAAACAAUUUGGUAUAAUUUCAGUAACUUGUUCUGGCAUAUGCUAAUAUCUAUGUGUCUUUGAUAUGCUUUAACAAAAUCCCUAGCUACGGCUGGCUAACUAUGUAACUAGCUAUUUAGUAUGUAUUUGCAAGAUAAUUCUCGUCUCUA